ACUGUCAUCAGCAUUUUGAUUUGUAGGUGGCCAGUUAUGCAAAUCAUAAUUUAGACGUAAGUUAUUAGAGACACUCGUGGAAGAGAUUUUUGCACCAAUCAACCGAACCUUUGUCUAAAUUUUAGUCCACGAUUUGUAGCUGCUUUAUCUGGAAUACUGUGUUCUUUACCAUCACGCUGUGUAGUCAUGGCUUCAUCAGAUGACAAGUCUUGGAAAAAUGCAACCUCUAUCUACGAUUUUACAGCUAAAGACAUUGAUGGGAAUGAAGUGUCAUUAGAGAAAUACAGAGGUCAUGUUGUUCUGAUUGUAAAUGUUGCAUCUAAAUGAAGAGCAACCAACAAGAACUACAAUCAGCUGCAGGCCCUUCACGAGAAAUACUCUGAGUCUAAAGGUCUGCGGAUUCUUGGGUUUCCUUGCAACCAGUUUGGUGGUCAGGAACCAGGUAGUGAAGCUGAUAUUAAAGAAUUUAUCAAAAAGUUUAAUGUCCAGUUCGACAUGUUUAGUAAAAUUAAUGUUAAUGGGGAAGAUACUCACCCGCUGUGGAAGUACUUGAAAGACAAACAAGGAGGUAUUUUGGGCAGUUUCAUCAAGUGGAAUUUCACUAAGUUUUUAAUAGACAAAGAAGGACAACCUGUGAAACGAUAUGGGCCAAAUGUCGACCCAUAUGGUAUCGAGAGUGAUCUUCAGAAGUACUUCUAGUUGAAGAACUACCAAAUACUGUAACAAUUAUAGGUUCUUGCAAUCCAGCUGAUAAAGAGCUUUUAUGAAAGUCUACCCAGAAACCACUAAGUGGGUGGGUAAGACUGGAAAGCUAGCUCUUCUGAUGUUGCGACAAGACUUCACUGUUGUUUACAGUUUUUGUAGAAACUUCUACCUUACAAUAUAGCUUUUUCUUUCAUACCAGUGUUUAAUUUCAAUGUUACGGGUCACAUAGGUAGCUCAAAUAUAUUGAUAAAAAUCUAAAACAGUUCAU